UUUCCCCACUUGCGAAGGUCGCAUGCGACGUCUUUAAAGGCUGAAGUCCAAAAAAUUGGACUUCAGCCUAUAUAUUGCGCUUGCCUUGCAAAACACUAGGCUCAAGUGAAUGGGGGCAAUGCAAUUGCCAUCAGCCAUGUUACUGGUUGAGCCAGUGAAUCACAGGGGAUGCUACCUGACUCACCUCAAGAAAGUCCAAUGUCGAGAACGGGACUGUUUCGCUUCACAGGAGUUUUUGAAACUCUUCAAGCAGUCAGCCCAGUCAGCUCCAGUGGCUUGCCAACUUUCCAAGCAUGGCUGGGGACUGCACGGGACUGCCGACUUCCCACUGCUAUAGAAAAAACGCAAGCAUCCAGUGGAUCCACAUCUAAUACACUACCAACUCGACCCAAUUUGUCCACCGCAGAUGCUACGUGUCUUAUUCUCUGUCUCUCACUUUUCGAAAACCAGCACAAGCCUCCAGAAAACCUGUCCUGGUCUCUUGACAUGUGGGCAGGUCAUUUCACCUGCAAACUCACUGACUGGCUGCUGCUUUAGCUGCAACCUGACGGCAUGGACAAACACCUCUGAAUCAGUUGAGGGCACCCCAUAGAUUCGCAUUACUUGGUUUCUGGCUGAUGGUACGAUCGUCAACAACAGAACCACUGCUGGAAUCGCUGGAAUCACCUAAGUCAAUAAGAUUGGGCCAUCUGUGUCUAAGAGACCGCUUUGCUUCAGAGCAAGGCCUACAGCAACCUGUGUCUUUCAAUUUCAUCACUCCAUGGGUCUGUCCCCAGCACUUUUGUUGGCACAAACAUGUAAUUCUUGGUCAUAUAGCUCAUGCUCUUGGUACUGGAGCCAUGUCCAAAUCCCAUGAUUUCCACCAUUGUUAGCUUAAUUUUUUAUCGUUGCUGAAUUAGGCGACGUUAACCUCUUCUUGGAAAGGGUAACUCGGGUAACUCUGCUGGCCACCUGCUGGCCCUUGUAGCUCCUUACCCGGAUGUGUGCCCAGACACCAAAGACAGAGUAUUUUGACGCAAACCGCUAGGAUCUACUAGAAUCUACUGGGAUUGACAGCCAAGCUGGGCCAAGCUGGCAUACACGACGGUGCGCCACCUCUGCAAAGAACCGUGCAAAGGACGGCUACCACCUGAAGUUAUGCCCAAGCUCCUCCAAACUCAGUGGGUCUGAGCCUACGCCUGCACUUCCGCCGUCUAGAUAUCAACAGUUCGCUAUGGCUCCACUGAGAUCCCACAUGCCGCUGUUUUGCUGGCAGAAAGCCACGGUCUCAAUGGCUGUCAAGCCUGUGGGAUGCCGAAUUCUGCAUUCUGUGUCUAUACUUUAUUCACGGCGGCGCUUCAGAGGAAUCGUGAGCGACCGCCUAAUGGGCCUCGACACGACGAUGCCACGACGAGCAUUGGAAAGCUGAAAAAUGCUGAGCAAACCCUACUUUGGGAUACUUUGGGAUGAGAUCACUGAAACCUGGCACUGGAUAGUUUGAUCAUCACAGGCCUUCCGUUAGCGCAUGCAAUCCCUGCUUUCUUUGCUCGAACAAGCUUUCUCACUCUUUCAACGGCAAUUUUGCUUGAACAUGUUGGUGUUUGCACUUGCUAAGACAGUUUCACACUCUGCAUAUACAUUACUUUGGCGUCUGACUUUUGACCUGCUGUCAGGGCAACUCCCAAGUACUCGGGGGUAAGG